GCGGCAAGAGAGGCUGAGAUGGCGGAGCUGGCGGCGGCGGCGGAUCGGAACGCGGAAGCGCUUCUGGCGGAUGAGGAGGCGGAGAAGGAGGCGGAGCAGCGCGCCAAGGAGCGCAAGGCCAAGAAGAAGAAGAAGAAGAAGGGCAGGGGCGGAGGGAGCGGCGCUGGGCCGUCGCAGGAGCCGCAAGGCGAGGAGGCGGAGGCGGUUGCGGCGGCGGAGGGGGGGGCGAUGGCGGCGGCGGAGGAGGCGGAGCUGGCGGCGGCGCUCCAGAAAAACGCGAGGCUGGAGGAGAAGAGGCGGGUGGCGGAGGAGCAGCCGCCCCAGCCGGAGGCGCCGCCGAGGGAGGAGGAGCCGCCCGAGCCGGAGGCGCCGUCGAGGGAGGAGCCGCCGCCGCCGGCCGACUUCAUCUGCCCCAUCACGACCGAGGUGAUGAGCGACCCGGUGAUGGCGACGGACGGCCAUUCCUACGAGCGGAAGCAGAUCGAGCGCUGGCUCGCGACCAAGUCGACGAGCCCGAUGACGGGCGAGGCGCUCGAGCAUAGCAUCCUCACCCCAAACCACGCGCUGCGCGGGCGGAUUCGAGAGUGGCAAGAGGCGCAUCAUUGUUGAGCCCAGGGAUUUUUCUUAAGCGGAGUCACUUGUAGUGAGCGUCGGGCUGGUGGUUCGACACCGAGUUUGAAAGAUCUGUUUCUCUA